AUGUUCCUGUGUCGUUGGGCAGUAAGCGGCUGUUGCUGGACGGCUGGCGGCAGCGACAGCUACGACAUCCCUUACGAGAACAAGCAGCUCGACACUUCAUACAGAGAAACACACGUCACUUCAUACAGUGAACCACAUGCCACUUCAUACAGUGAACCACAUGCCACUUCAUACAGUGAACCACAUGCCUCUUCACACAAUGAGCCUCAAGACACUUCAUAUAGUGAUCAGCUUGACCUCUCUGGCGACUUCAGGAAGGCAAACAACCCAGUCACAAAUGGUGUUGAUGUUCACGAAUUCAAAUACAAUACGCCGAGUUAUUUAUACAGCUCCCGAUACAGAACAGUUGACGGUUCUUCUAAUUCACACGACCAUGAAGAGGAAACCUCGUUCAAAAAACAAUACAACGUUGCUGACGAAAGCUUCAUCUCCAAAUACAACUCUGACGAGACAACGCGUGAUUCAAGAUACAACCCUGCAGAUAAAUCCCGCGACUCUAAUAAAUAUCUGGCAGAUACAAUAUCCAACUCCAGGUACAAUACGGUUCCAUACAAAUCCCGCCCAAGUUCAGGCGACAGUACGUACAACUCUCGUCAUAGUACAGGGGAAGGAGCGUACAACACACGCUACAGUGAAGUGAGUACUCGUAUAUCAGUGGGCCAUGACAAUCCAUCGACUUCCAGCCACCACAAUCCCGCCUCAUCGCGGUCGUCGCAUCAGUACGGCAAAACUGAUCGCGCUUCUCGACUUAAAAGUGACAGGAAGAAGGUCCAUUCCGGCGAGGCUGGGGAGGAAAAGCCCCUUCGUCUGCACGGAGUCGCGGUGCCUGUCUAUAAAUUCCGGGAGGAAGACGCGCAGCUUGAGUGUCAGUACGACGAAGGCACAGAUCCGCUCUACUCCGUCAAGUGGUACAAAGACGACGAUGAGUUCUUCAGAUAUUUGUAUGGCCAGGAGCGACCAAAGCAAGUGUUCGAUGUGCCCGGAGUCAUCGUAGACAUCACGCGUUCUAACGAGAAGCGCGUGCUGCUGCAGAAGCUGUCGUUCGCGUCUACGGGCAUCUACCGCUGCGAGGUGUCGGCAGACUCGCCCCACUUCCGCACCUACACCAACCAGUCCGUCAUGGUCGUCGUCGAGCUGCCGUCGCAGCCCCCCACCAUCACAGGAGGCAGGAGCCACUACAAGGUGGGCGACACGGCUCACCUCAACUGCACCUCCGCGCGCAGCAAGCCUGCGCCCACACUCACGUGGUUCAUCAACGGCGUCGAGGCGGCACCUCACCAGUUGGAGCAAUACUACCCCUGGGUGCACCGGGACCAGCUCGAGAGCAAGAGACUCGGCCUCACCUUCCAGGUACAGGACGAACACUAUCUUGACAAAGUACAGGACGAGCACUUCGAUGCUAACGGCGAGCUGGAGGUACGGUGUCGGGCGACGGUGUCGGCGGUGUACCGGGAGGGCGGCGCCCCUGAGGCCAUGCCUGUCGUGCUCGAACACAGGGAGGGUCUCAUCAGAGCCAGAAACGGAAGUUCAUGUGAGCGCGGGUCGCGGUGCCUGGCUGUCAUGGCGCUGGCGGUCGUCUUGGCCAACCUUCUUGUGGUGUUCUUCUGA